AUGACCGAUCUAGAUAAUGCGGAAUACACGCUCUAUUCAUCUCCCUUUUCCCUCUAUUCUAUGAUGGUGCGCCAUACCAUUCAAUUAGGUCGUGCGUCAAACAAUGCGAGACCGCCUAAGUCAAUUACCCUUCACUUCAUCAACCACCGCAAGGACAAAAACCUGGAGGAAGAAUACCUCAAAGUGAAUCCCAAAGGCCAGGUGCCUGCCAUGACUGGGAACGUCCUCGAGCAUUCACUCACUGACAGUAUCUCCAUCUCACUCUAUCUGGCUGAAAAUCACUACCCUGCCUUGCUACCUGCUGAGCAUGCUGCGGUCAUUAAAGACCUACUACAACGCUUCCAUUCCAUCUAUGGUCUGUCGUUUAGCAACCCAAAGCCAACAGCGGAGAUGAAAGAGUACAACCCUUCACCGGUCGAAGGUCUUCUCAAAAGGACUGAUAUCAGCCCAGAAUACCGCAAGCUUCUUGAAGGCAAACUCAAGUUCCAUAAUGAGCAUAAUGCCACAGCCUUUCAUCCAAACGUCGUGGCUAAAGCCCGCUCAGAUCUUCAAACGAUUUUCGCAGAAAUCGUAGAACACCGCAAGCAAAGCGGUACUUUCGGCAAGCACAACGAAUGGACUUUUGGUCCUGCUGUUGGCCCUACAUUGCUCGACAGUCACUUUCUUCCAGUGGUACUACGCUGCAUCGAAGUUGGAAAUGCUGAACUCGUUCCUGAAGAGUUGCAGCUCUGGUCUGAGACUAAGUCAAAAAGCCCCUCAUGGCUGAAAGUCAUGCACGGCAAGCCGACAAGAUAUGAUCCUUCGAUGGGGCCAGUUGAGGAUAUGCAGGAGAUGAUGUCUCUAUAG